AGGGAAUGUCAGUGUUCUGUUUACAAGGGCUUCAGGCAUGGGUGCCUCAAGUGAGGGUCUUGUGAUGGGUUGGUUACAUCACGUCAGGGUCACUGGGAUGUGAACUGCUUGUGCGUGGGGGUUGUAUGGGUUGGUUGAGGGUUGGUACUGUCUCUGGUUGGUUGUGCGGUUGAUUUGAAUUCUGAGAGAAUGAACUUCACCCUCAUCCUACACCUGAGCUACAGAUAUUCGCUACUAUUGAUGGAAGAAUGCUGAAGCAGUAACUAGUGGGCCUAGGUCAGAUCACGUGAUCCCAAAUCUCAAGCUUUUGAAGUUUUUCAGGAGUACUGGAGUACAACUACCAGCCAACUUUUAAGGUAGUCAGGAUUUCAGGAAAGAGUUCUCCCAACUGUAAAAGAAACACAUGGAGGGAGGAAUAUCGAUGCCACAGCGAGUUACACUAAGGAAACACCAGGAAUCAUUGAUGAGAAACGGUAAUCUUCCGUGUCCAAUUUACGAAACGGAGGCGGAAAUGGCAGCUCCAGGGGCUUUAAUCGCCACUUCGCCACAUGAUCUGGCCAUCGCGUGACUCCCCAACUCUAAGUUGCAGGAGGAACAAGACGGAAAGCCUGCAAGAGCUUCCUACGAGCGAGCGAUAGCGUUUGGCCCUUCGUCCCACUCCGACCCUCUAUUCUCCCCCAAAUUUGCUAUGGCCUCUCCGAGGCUGGAAACCUUCUGUUGCCCCAACCGGGACGUCUCCACGCAGCUUGUGGUGUCUUUCAAGUCAGAGGUCUUUUGCGGGGUUUGCCUUGGCAGCGCCUCUGCUGGGAUUCUCUUGAGCGCCCUGCAACUCCUCCCGAAGAAGGAUCGGGGCUCCCGAGGAAUUUCCAAGGCUUCCUCUUCCACCACCAUCCUCCUCCUCAUCUCCGCCUGUGACAUGCUGGGCUCUCUGGGUAUAAUCUUCCGGUCUAUUGUCUGGUUAGGGUUCCCAGACUUUGUGGCAAAUAUAUCUUUAGUAAAUCAAACUGAUAUAUGGCCUGCUACAUUCUGUGUAGGAAGUGCGAUGUGGAUCCAACUUUUGUACAGUGCUGUCUUUUGGUGGCUGUUUUGCUAUGCUGUGGAUUUGUACUUGGUAGUUAGAAGAUCAGCAGGAGUAAGCACGAUUGUGUUGUACCAUAUGAUGACAUGGGGCUUGGCAAUUUUGCUGUGCAUGGAGGGAGUUGCUAUGCUCUAUUAUCCUUCAGUUUCUAGUUGUGAAAAUGGAUUGGAGCAUGCAAUUCCUCAUUAUGUCACCACGUAUGUUCCACUGGUGCUUGUUUUGAUGGUCAACCCAAUUCUUUUCAGUAGAACUGUUGUUGCUGUUGCAUCUUUAUUGAAGGGAAGGCAAGGAAUCUACACAGAGAAUGAAAGACGGCUGGGGACAGAGAUUAAAAAUCGUUUUUUCAAAAUUAUGAUGAUCAUCAUUGUUUGCUGGUCAUCAAAUAUCAUAAAUGAGGGUCUUCUGUUCUACCUUGAAAUGCAGCCAGAUAUCAAUGGAAGCUCCUUGAAAAAUAUCAGAACUGCUGCACUUAUCACAUGGAUUAUAAUGGGAGUGCUGAACCCCAUGCAAGGCUUUCUUUUCACAUUGGCUUUUUAUGGCUGGACUGGCUGGAAUCUGGACUUGCAGUGGCAGAAAAGCCCAAUUCCAUGGGAUUCUCUCUCCACCUCAACUGCUGCUGGAAAUGGCUAUGCUUUGCCAAGCGGAAACUCAGUGAAUUUCCAUGACUCAAAGAAAACAUCAACAGAGCCCAUCUAUCAGACAGAUGAAACUUUAAGCAUACUGUCUGAAGGAAAUCUGGGCACCAAUGAAGGAUUAGUGGAGAAUUCUCCUAUCUACCAAGGCUGGUAAACUUCAGGAUUCACUCACACAUACAUUGACAAGAUUUGAUCUGCUUAAAAUGUUGUUAGCUUAUUUCUUCAAUUAGUAGACCAGUGCUGAGGAAUGUAUACAUGAUCCAGACCUUGAAGAAAUGUUCCACUUAAUAUUUACACCAGGUGACAUAUCAUUUUUUAAACUGGGCUCUCUAAUCAUUUAUUUAAAAAAGCAAAACAAAUAAAUAGUUGUUGAGGCAAAUAUGAUACCAAUGAAUUCUGAGCAUGUCAGAAUAAACUACUAGUAAAUUCUUUAAUGUACUUUUAUAUCUUCCACUGCUUGCAUUGCCAGCAAAAGACAAUUUUACUUAAUAAAAGAUUGUUGAA